GAGACAAAGAGAGAGAGAGAGAGAGAGAAGGAGGGGGAGAGAGAGGGAGAGAGAGGGAGAGAGAGAUCACGCACGUACUUUAAUUUUUCCAAACAAGGACAAAAAGCGUACGCCCACGAGCCGUCCGGGAAACAUGGACUUGAACGAGUUUAUUGUCAAGCGAUUUCGCCGGUCGAAACUUUGCUCAUUCAGCUUUCCAUGCACAGUGAAUCUGGAUUGAAAAUUAAAGAGACACAAAACAUGGCGCCACUCGACCAAUAAUGAUGUUUAUUAUGGACAUAUCCCAGGCUGAAGGUGAGAGUUAGCUAUGAAUUGGACUGAGUUCAGGAUACCCAAAACGGUUAUACAUUCGAAGGAACCCCAGCAGGAGUCUAAGUGUCUAAGUGAGAAUCACCUUUCUCUUGUUUUUCAGACUGUUCUAUCUGAAUAGCAAUGAAUGCCUAUGUGGGAAUCAAAAGACAGCCCAGUGACCCUCACCAGUACUCCAGCAUGAAACCAAAUUGUGGGAUCCCCACUAAUAAGCCCAAGGUACCACCUCGGCCUGAAAGACCGUUCAUUGCACCUCCCAUACCUCAACCUAAAGUCAUCCAAAGACCAGAGGACUUCCCGAGGGCACUUAGCUUGGAACCCACACCUCACAAGCCGAACAGUGACCUAGCCGUAUUCCUGGCUGAGACGAAACUGCCCCAGCACAUCAGAAUUACCGAAUCGCUUGCGGUUUCUUACUCUAAGGCAGUAAUUAAUAAAGGUGAUGCUUUCCUGCUUCACUUCAUCUAUGAUAACCCUACAAUUCAUGCUUCUACAUUAGCUGGAACCAAACUCCGCUUACCGGUACAUGCCGAGCAGAAGUAUGAGAUGCUCCCACUUGAUCCACGUUUGGAUGACAUGGAGUACGAAGGGACUACAGCGCUGAUGAACGCUGAUCCUCUACCCGCCUCUGUCAGGGUGCUCGAAGCGCACUGUUCCACCAUACAGGAUGAAUUCCAGGAGGUUGAUGACAUCAUUGAAAUAGAAGGUUUUGAGCAUGACGAGGAACGAGGCAAGCUCCUGGUCGGGAAAUGCGGUAAAGCGCAAAUCAAAUAUUCCGAGGAAAUGGAUUCGUGCGUAUUUACUACCAUGUUAUCACCCACACCUCAUCGAAUGACUCAACUCAAGGACGAGAAAUUCCCUCAGAGAGUACGAAUUCCUGAUGAUACGAAGGCAUUUUCCCAAAGAACUUUCAAAGAAGAAAUGGUACUUCACCUGAACUCGUAUUCCAUCGAUAAAUGCAUCGUAGCCACUCGGGAUGCUGAUCCCCACAUCUACUCCAUUCCAGUGGACACACCCAUCAAAUUCACCCAUGAGCCAAUCACAGGGACGGAGAAACGCAUCCUCGAAGCGCUACCAUCCUUAUAUCCUCUGGUUAACACGAGCUGGGGGCUGGUAGAUCCAACGCAGGGGGCGCUGAUGCCACACAUGGAGACCAUUCCUCAACCUAUUCCAGGUGUCCUACAAGCAUGGCUUACAUGUGAAGAAGGGAAAGUUUACGCUUGUAAUAUGGCAGAGAGUCGAUUGGACGAUCUCCAAGAAGAAGUUGUGGUUGCACACAAAGAAAUGAGAAGAAUGAAGGCAGAUUUGGAUUCCUUAAAGAAUAGGAGAACUGUCCAGGAGAGACCUACAGAUCCAUCAGCUCCGAUAGUACCACCGAGACUGAAAUGCGAUGAUGACAAGCCUCCAGACAUCCCUAAAAGACCACCUGCUUCCGCUGAGGGGCCUCCUAGGUUACCCCCUCGACGGACUGACAACAUUAAAGCACGUAUCAAUAGCGAUAUGGCAUCCGACUCGGAUGAUUAUGAAGACGUGGAUAUGACCACAACGACGUUACCUCCCGGUGCGUCACCGAAUAUUUUGAGGGCAAUGAAAGAUGCAUUAGCCAAGAAAGAGAAGGAACUUCAGGAGGAAAGACAACGGGUGGAGUUUUGGAAAGACAAAUGCAAGGCCUUGGAAAAUCAAAAGAUUUCAGCUACAGCAGUGUAUGAAGAACUGCCCGAUUUUCCUGAUCAAGCAACGAACCAUGACGAACUCGAUGAGGACAACUACCUUACACCAUGUACGCCUUCCUGCAGUGCAUCGCCAUCACAUUACCAAGCUCCGACUCAUAAUCCACCACGGGUCGCUGCUCCUCGAUCCCUUCACCAGUGGACAGUAGCAGAGGUGGGAGACUUUCUGCGACAGCAUGGCAUGGGACAAUACCUGGAAGUUUUCCGGAAGAACGAUGUCAAUGGUUCUUUGCUUUCUGACCUCCAAGAAUGUCACCUUUUGGACCUGACAAUGACCAAGCAACAUGCUUCGAAACUGAGAAAGGAACUAGAUAAACUCCACGAACAUGUUUUACCACUGCAUCGAUAGCAAAAUAUAAAAAAUGUACAUAACAAAUCAAAUAGAUUAUAAAUAAAGAUGACCAUAGAAUUGAGCUCCCCAUGAAUUACAAUGACACAACUUUUUAGUAUAAAAGUUUUGCACAAGAAUUAAACUUACUCGUUCCUGAAGCGAUUCGCCAAGUCAUACACCAAUGUGCAAGAAAACACAGGCUGCUAUCACUAGUAGUUUGAAGUUUCGAAAAAUGAAAUCACCAAGACGAUGUAAAUCAUAAUUAGGCAACGUUCUGAGUAGGUGGUGCCAUCUUGUAAGGAUUGCUAUCCCAUUUACCAUGUUCUUGAUUAUCAGAUAUUGGUGGUUUUCUUCUAAGAACGUAGCUUUUCUCUUGAGACGAUAAUCAAGAUUAAUACUUCAUUGUUGUAUGUCAUCCAGCUGGCUUGCCAUACCCCGUUCGCUUGUAAGGUUGGACGUGUUUGGUCACGGUUUGACAGCUUUAUGAAACAGGCCCCUGAUCAGAUUGAUCGUAACCAUAAGCAGAUUCGUUUUUUUUUUCUUAGAGGGCCAGAAGGCGUAAUAGAUUACAUUUAAGCAAGGUAACGAAGCGAUAUAACUGAUCCCGAUGGUGUGUUCGUGUUUUUACAUGCUUUGUAUUGAAAAUGGAAUUUUAUGAAAACUGAUACUAUUUUCCUGAGAGAAGGGGAAAGAUGGAGAGGGGUAGGAAGAGGGGGUGAGAAGAGGGAAAUCAAAAGAGUAAGUACUCUACCUUGUUAAUACACUAAAACAUGAUAAGUUGAUACCGGAUAUCUUUAAAAGACAUAGCAAGUUUACAAGAUUGGUUGUUAUAAACAUCAUUUGGAUGAUAAUAAUUUUCCAAUAAAAAAAUCAAGAAUGCGGAGGUAAAUAAUUUCCGCGCAUCAUUGAAAAUGCACAUUAUUGCCUUGUGUUUCAUUAUGUAGAAAGAACAGUGCGGAUCCAGGUAGGGCACAUCCAGCCCGGCCGUGCCCCCCCCCCCCCCUGGAGAGCCAUAACGAAUAUUUGUUAUGGGAAUAUGUCAUGUAUUUCGUGCAUGUGCAAUACCGUAUCCAUCCUCAACUGUGACAAAUAAAUGUAUUGGCCCAUGCACGAGCAGAUGUAGCGUCAAUAUUUGUCUCCAGAUAUAUUGGGCCCAUGAAAUGCUUUGUAGGAUCUGAUGCUAAUUUCUUUCUGUACAAAAAUGCCCCACGCCAUUUUUAGAAAAAAAUCCUGGAUCCGCCCCUAAAAAAGAAAGGUAUAUAUGUACUCUUUCAAAUAUGUUUGCCAGAAAAAUUGAAUAUACGAGUUAUAUUCCAAUCACGCAUAAAAUCUUGAGGGAAUUCAAGAAUUGCUUUAUGCCCCCCCCCCCCGUCCGGAAUUCGAAACCCCACCUCUAUCAGAUUGGGAAUCGACGAACAUGUAUACUCGGGAUUAAAACUCACCGUUAUGAUUUGAAUCAAUAUUUUUUCAUUAGAAAAAUCUAGUCUACCCACAGGUAUGAUAUACAUUUUUGAGAGGGAGAGAGGGGGGGGGGGGGGAGAG